AUGGGGAAAAAAGCUACAAAACAGAAGAAAGCCAAAACCCACCUCGAUAAAUCCGGUUUAACAGUUUCCGCUGAUCACGCCAUGUCCCCCGACAGAGACGCCUCUGAUUCCACGAUUAUCCGCCACGAUUCAUGGGAGGGACAAACGAAGGGAACCGAGGAGAAUCCUGAAGAGAAGGAGGGAGACGCACAAGCCAGUGACGACGAUGGUAACGAAGGGAGCACGGCCCGCGGGCAGAAACUGGGUAGUCUCGAAGCAAAAAUACACGCUGCAGCUCGUGCUGUUAUUGCGGACAUUAAGGACAACUACGGCGGAAACGAUGAAUCGGUCUUGAGUGUGCAAACGGACGAGAGCCACCCUUCUUACAAUUCUGGCAACGAAGAAUUGUCAGAAUUGACUCCUGAUAUGGAUACCUCCGCAAUUUCUCACGAGCAUGAAAAGCUUAUGGAAAGUAUCGAACGCGACGAAGACGACUACAACGAGGCGCAUGGGUUGGGAGGACACACUGAAGACAGAGUGGAAAGCCCGUCGUCGAAAUCUCAAUCCGAGAAUGAUCGAGGGGGAGACUCGAGUUCACAUAAUGAAGGGGACAUUGAUGACGACGACGUGUUCAGUCGAAAUUCUGGCCACAGCGCUCGGAGCAGUUUGAACUCCUGCCACGGCUUGGACAGCUCAGACGAGCCAUAUGGACAGAAAGCACUCACUUCCCCAACGGUUGGGGAGGAGGCCGCCAGCACACGCCGUGGAUCAGAAGUUUCUCAUCUUGAAUCAUAUAUGCAUGAAAUUCCAGAAGCAGUGUCGCCUUCACAGAGUAAGGUACUUUCUCGCCCUCCUUUUCGGACUCCGUCUGCAGUGCGUGCUAUGCAAAUGUCUUCCCCAACUCCAUCAGUCUACAAUACGUCUCCUCGAUCAGUCAAACGCCAUCUACCAACCGUCUCUCGUAUCGGAACCCCAAGUUCACACACACCUAGAUACAGAACCCCAACACGUCUCAAAGCCAAAAAAGAACAGCCUCUCGUCUUAUUACAUGUUACCGUUCUGCCCCUUGUAUGGCAGUACUCUCAUCUUAUGCCGUCAUCAGAUCUUCCAGAUACGCUCAAAGAUGUCAAAGAAAACUGGAGGCUUCUACAGGAAAAGCUAGCUGACACUGUUCUUGAGCGCGGCAUCUUGAUCCCCCAUCCCCAAGACUCGUAUGAUGUUCUCGAGGAACGUUUGCUCGAAGCAUUGGAAUUGCCUGUUCGACCCCGCGCCAUGAUAUUGAAGUGUGGGCACUAUAUGGGGCCACUAGAGCAUGAAGUCCCUUCAUGGGAUGAAGAUGCUGAUGAGUUCUGGGCCGACAAGGCCCCUCAAAGGAAGUGGUGUGAUAUUUGCCGAAGAGAUAUAAAGCUCGAGAAUGGCGGAGAGCCGGAAAAACGCAAGUUCAGGGUCAAGAUAUUUGCAAGUAAUGGUUUGAUGCAUGCUGGUGCUUGGGCAGCAGCUUGGAGGGAGAUGGAAAGAGUUGAUGUGGAGAUUGGGCCAUGGAUUGAAUCUGCCCAACUUGAUGAGCUUGAGAGGAUGGCUAUGUCAAAAUCUAAACCUCCAGCAGUUAGUAUCGAAGACCUCGAGGACGCCUUUGAAGACGAAGAUGGGGAUCAUGAAGUGGUGAGACGUUCGGUCGAGCCUAGCGAUAUACAACAGCCCCGUUCUGGGGAGAUGCCAAGCAGUGAAGAUAUCUCGGAGAUGUCGAAGGACAUUCCAGAACAUAUCUCAGAAGAUGCGCCAGAAGAGAUGCCAGAGAUUGAUCCCGAGGAUAUUUCAGACCAGAUCUUAGAGGAGGUGCCAGAAGAGAUUGAGGAUGAUUUAGAUGAUUCCCCAGAAAAGAUCUCGGAGAAUUGUGUUGAAGAAAUUUCAGAAGAAACAAAGGAUGCGCCAGAAGAAGUGUCAGAGAAUAUCCCCGCAAGUUUUUCGGAGGAAGUCUUAGAGGAAAUUCCACAGGACAUGCUUCGGAAUGUUAACAUGUCAGAGAGACACGAGGAGCACGCCAGAUCUGUAGAUUUUGAUGAGUCCGAUCAGCCUCAGGAGCUUGAAAAAAGUGUCGCUGAUUACGAAAAGGAGAUGCAAGAAUUGCUUCUCGAGGAGGAGCAAAUGAGGAAAAGGCAUAUCCAUAGCCCGGAACCACCAAUCCCCCAGAGACCUCAGCCUUCUUUUAACCCCCAGCCCCCUUUCAACGUCGACUCAAGACCCAAGAUAAACGAGGACUCUCUGUCCGAACUUUUGGUCGCCGCUGGCAAAGUCGCAAUGAGGGAUCGGAAGAAUCUAGCUAUAUUAUUUCUGAGUGUUCUAGUCUUGAUCCUCGCCCUAAGGCCAGUAGCUUCGUCAUCCAGUCAUCUUCAAAUGGCCGAUUCUCCAGCUAUUGCUCCAGAAAUACUUCACGCUACCGACAGCCAAUCUAAUCCUUCCGCCCCUGAAGCGCUUGUUGAGGUGAUCUAUGAGGGUCCGGUAACUGCAGCAAAGACCUCUGGGCCCCAAGUCCAAGCGGCUAGUAAGAAGGUGCAACAACGAAAGUCAAAAGGCUCAAAAGAAGCCCCAUUGAAGGCAGCAUUGAAGAAGCCCCCGCCAGCCUGUAACGAAGAGGCGAAGUCAGAGGAAUCAGCAGUGGCCGAAACAGUUGAAGGCAUGCUUGAGGGGGAAAAUGAGGGCAUAGAGCCAGAGGAGUCUGUUGAUACAAUGCCUCAGUUGGACGAUGACGUGGAGGAGGAUAUUCAGACCACGCAAGAGCUUCAGGCGGAUGCUCAAGAGGAGGUCGUUGAGGCUAUAGAAUCCCAGCUUGCCGACGACAUGCCUCAGGCGGAAUCCAAAAUGGGGGCUGAGGAGAUUAAUCGCGUUGAUAUGUCGGAAAAUGAUUUGAAUGACGAGGUGGGGGCGAUGGAGGAGGAACUGGAAAAUUACGAGAAUGAAGAUGAAGCAGAACAGGCUGAUAACGAGACAGACCCCAGCACAAAGGAAGCGCUUCGAGUCCCUGAUUCAUCUGACUCAUCUGUUCUCUAUGGAGAUCAUGACGAGAAUCCAACCUCGGCGACUUCGGAGAGAGAAGAGUUGUAG